UUUAAAAUAACAUAAGGCAUUUAACCACUUAAACUGUUAAAUGAGAGGAACUUUUCAUUCAGAUAGUUUCAGCAGCUUUAUGUCAAAAAAUAUUUCAGCAUCCUCAAAAUAAUUGUUUCAGAAUCAAAUAGUGACAGUGUCUCUCCAGAGCCACCAUUGUGGAAACACUGUUUGACAGUCAUUCGGAGAAAAUGUAGAGACCAAAAUGCACUGCAGAUGGAAAUAUACUUUAGAAAGUAUACGUGUUACUACUAUUGGAGUCUUGGAGAAAUAGCACAGUGUCGUCUGCAAACAGAGAAUAUCUACAUCAGGUCAUGAUGGUUAAUUAUGAAUAUUGACAUUGUCAAUGCAGCUAAGAUGAAUUUUAUUCUACUGAUCUUGGGGUGAUGUUUGGGUGAAGUGAGACAACGAUGAAUGUUGUUUGAAAACAUUUUGAUGGCAUCACAACAAACAACAAAAUGUUUUAGAUUUUGUGAGGUUUAGAAGAUGUGUCACAGCUGAUUAUCACAGCUGGAGUCCAGAAACAUGGUAAGUCUAGCUUUGCAUAAAGACUGUAAACAGGGAAAUAAGGCCCGACUUUAUUCUAAAUACACAAACAAAUUUGUAGAGAUUAAUAUUGAUCUUGUCUUGUUACGCUCCGAAAGAAUGCAAAGUAUUCCUUGAAUUAAAAGUACAUGAUAAAAACAUGAGGGAGAAUGAGUUCAUACAACAGAGGAAUUAUAUAAUAAAAUUAGAAAUUAUUCUCCAGUCGAGUCUGUGACUUUUUCAAUAUCCAUGUGUUUCUGUGAACAGGUCGUUUCUGGCAGCCAAAGAUACUGAGAACAUCAACACCACCAACAACAGUAUUACGACUAACGCUACUGAUACUACAGAUACUACAGAUACUACUGAUACUACUGAUACUACUGAUACUACAGAUACUACAGAUACUACUGAUACUACUGAUACUACUGAUACUACAGAUACUACAGAUACUACUGAUAUUACAGAUACUACUGAUACCACUGAUACUACUGAUACUAUCAAUACUACUGAUACUACUGAUACUACUGAUAUUACAGAUACUACUGAUACCACUGAUACUACUGAUACUAUCAAUACUACUGAUACUACUACAACUACUAUGGCUUACACUACUGAUACUACUGAUACCACCGAUACCACUGAUACUAUCAACACUACUGAUACUACUACUACAACUAAGACUAGUGUAGCUGCUUGUAGCACUUCAGCCACCAGAGUGACUCCUGCUGCUCCAUCUGGUGAUCAAACAGAGGAGGAGGAAACAGGUAAACUACUGAAAGCAAACAGUGUUGUCAUGACAGCGACAGGUGCUGAGUCAGCAGAUGAGGAGGAGCCGGAGGAAGAAACCUCCGCUACAGAUGAGGAAGGAGAAGCUGAAGUCGAGUCUCAGCAGAAAUCUUCGACUCCGACCAGAGGCAGACCAGAUCCUCCCAGCAGUCUGGCCUUGUCAGGGUCACGACGAAGGAAGAAGAAAGUCCUAGUGGCUCCAGCUCUCAGUCUGUCUUUAGGUGAGUCGGCCGUCUCUGACGACUUCCCCUCGGCUUUUCUUUCACCCUCACCUGAAGACGAUGAUGACACAGGGCUCGACUUUGACUUGGAUGCCAUGGAAACGCCCUCCGACAGCGAAUCGCUGCCUUUCCCCAUCUAUGACUUGGACCUGGAAGAUGACCUGCGGCGUCUCGGCGUGGCGUCCUUCCGCCGCAGACGAUCCGGUCCCAGGUCCAGGUCUGACUCCCAGACCUGUUCAGUACCAGGGCUGGACCAAAGCGGCCUGGGAGCUCUGGAGAGGGAGGACAUGGUCGACAGUCAGGGUACCAGGUGGCGCUGUUUCUCCACGGGUGACCCUCCCCAGGAGAGCCGGGUCAACAUGAGCGUCCUGGAGCCGUUUCUCAGGGUGCUGUCCCACGGAGGUUACUAUGGAGAUGGUUUGAAUGACAUCAUCGUGUUUUCCUCCUGUUACCUGCCACAGAACAGUCUGGAGAAUUACCAGUAUGUGAUGGACAAUCUGUUCAGAUAUGUUGUAGGGACUCUGGAUCUGAUGGUUGCAGAAAACUAUGUGAUAGUGUAUCUCUGUGCUGGAGGUCAGAAAGACAAACUUCCAGGAAUCAGCUGGCUCAGAGAGUGUUACACCACCAUCCACAGGAGAUUGAGGAAGAACCUGAAGGGUUUCUACGUGGUUCAUCCCACCUGGUACAUCAAAGCCCUCAUCACCAUCAUCAAACCCUUCAUCAGCUCUAAGUUCAGCAGGAAGCUCCAGUUUGCCGACAGCCUUGAGGAUCUGUCUCAUUUCAUCCCCACUGAGCAUGUGCAGAUCCCCGACUGUGUCAGACAGUACGACCAGAACCUGUCCAGGUGAAACUGCUGGAGGAUUUUAUCCUUCAGAAACACACAAAUCACUAGGAGUUUUUUUCCUGUUAGAUUUUAUACAUGUAUCUACCUGCUCCUCUCCACAUCCAGCAGGUGGAGAUCCAGCGUCUUGCUCAGCGACAACUAGUCAGUGUUUAAGGAUUAACGCUGCUGUGUCAGUGAGCAGACUUCUGCAGAGCAGCAAACAAACAGAGCAACAACACAAACUCAGUGUUCUCAGUGCUGCGGCGUCUCUUCACCCACAGGUCAUCUUGAAAACAGUGUUACAGCUCUUCAAGUUUCAAACUGAAGUAAUCCUGCUCCCUGUAGCUCCAAAGUAAUGCAGAAAACACAUUUUUAUUCAUUUAAUUUAUAUACAUUUAAAAAUACACAUUUCUGUUUGCUUAAAACAUUAAAUUAAAAUAUUUCAGUUUUAUUUUCAAAUAAUUUGUCCAGGCGGGUUACAAUCUUGUUUUGACAAGUUAAAACCACAUUGGUGUCAGGUAUCAUAUCGUAGCAUUGUCUAACCUGUGAGAACAGGAUAGAAAUGUGCAUCUUUACAACUGAACAAGCUGUACAAACUUUAUUCUGCAGGUUCAUUCCUUUGUUUUUGGACACGUCAGUUUUCAUUUCACAUUUUUACACAUUACGUUCAACUCAUACAAAAGGUGAAAAGUGUUUUUUCCUGUUGGAUAAAUGAAUAGCGUAGAAGAUUUUGAAUCAGGACUCUUUUAACCGAAGUUUUAGAAGCCGGUGAAGGUUUUUUUUCACGCUGCACUUUCAGUAUUUUCAGCAGGAGUUGAAGCAGCAGCCCUGCUGGGGUUAGUGCCUUGCUUCAGAACUGUUGAAUUAAGAAUUGUUUGUUAAUGUUUUUGGUGCUGAAUAAAAUCACGAUGGUUCAUUAUUUUGAUCUUUAUCUGGUGACUUGUGUUUUCUGUGUGAAACGACUUCAUGUCAGUCACACUUAGAUUGAUUGUUUCCAGUUCCUCCUUCAGGGUUGAAAGUCUCACUUCUUACUGAGAAACACUUGACACAGCAAAAAUGCUGAAGUAAGGAAUGGAGUUUGGUUUCCAUGGAGACGUGAUCUUACAUGACCUUUAAACCGACUGAGGAGAAAGGUAAACAGACCUGUCUCAUGAACAGGUGAUAGGUGGCUGGGUGUUGAAAGGUGCCUCCAGUGCCAGGCGCAGGAAACUCAGUCAGUCGUGUGAAUGUGAGGGAUGCUGCCCAGCAGGUCCAGUGGUCCACAGCAGGACCGCAACAAAAACAUCCUGUCAGGUCUCAUUUCUGUCCAGGUGUGUACAGGGAAGGAGAUGGACCAGGAACCAAAAGGGAGAUCGUGGUCACAAAUUUAAAUGAAAGUACAUAUGAUGAUAAAUAAAGUAAACGAACAAAAGAGUCGAGGUGCUGUGGAAAAGCGUCUGUGGGUUUUUGUUUAUAGGCCCGGUGUGCCCAGCUAUAAAGCCACUCACCUGAGGGAGCUUCCCUCUCCCCGGCAGACCAGAUGACAACUGUGGCCUUUCUUUUGUUUAUUAAUAUUUUCUUGUCUAUUUGGUCGAGCUGAAUCUUCUUUUUGUAAACGAAUGACUUGUCUUUAGCUGCUAACUUGUGUUGUCUCCCUUUCUUCUCACAGUUGUUGAGUCUGUAAACCACGGACUGAGACUCACAGAUUACAGCACACACACUUACUGCCUCCAUCAUAGUACACACUAAGAUGGCACUGCUGACGUUAGCCAGCCAAUGAGAGAUCAGAACAGACCAGUUACCUGUCUGGUCUGGGUACCUGUGAAGACAUUUAUUAUGUGUGUGUGAGAGGGAACACUGUGGUCUUUAUACAGAACAGGAAAGCAGCCGUGUUU